CAGAUAUUCAGUGUGGAGUUAGCAACCGAUGACGUUGUUGCGAUUUUGACCAAUGGAAUUUUCUGCACGUGACCUAUGCCUUUUACACCGGCACCGCACGCAAAAGCCAAAGAUCCAUCAUGUUUCGGAGCCUUUUUCCAACGGGUAAAGAAAGCCCAUUCGCCAGCCCUUUUCAUCAGUCGGCAGAAUGUGAAGGUGCUCAAAUCAACGAAAACCGAGUGAUCAAAGCUGCCUCUACAGAGGACACCAGCUGCGAAUUUGGUUCCGCUAAAUACUAUGCCCUCUGUGGAUUUGGUGGUAUUCUAAGUUGUGGUAUAACACACACAGCUGUCGUACCCCUGGAUCUUGUCAAAUGCAGAAUACAGGUCGACCCCGAAAAAUACAAAAGUAUUUUCCGUGGAUUCAAAAUCACAGUCGCUGAGGAGGGUUUUCGUGCCCUUGCCAAGGGAUGGGCGCCAACCUUCGUUGGUUACUCCAUGCAGGGUCUUGGUAAAUUUGGAUUCUAUGAAGUAUUCAAGAAUGUCUACAGUGGUAUGAUAGGGGAGGAAAUGUCUUACUCCUACCGAACAUCGCUGUAUUUAGCAGCCAGUGCAUCUGCAGAAUUUUUCGCCGAUAUUGCUCUUUGUCCGAUGGAGGCUGUAAAAGUAAGAGUGCAGACAAUGCCUGGGUUUGCAAAUACGCUGCGUGAAGGUUUCCCUAAAAUUCUCAAAAAUGAGGGAUUCAAUGGUUUCUACAAGGGUCUUGUUCCACUGUGGGCUCGACAGAUUCCCUACACAAUGAUGAAGUUUGCCUGCUUUGAGAGGACUGUAGAAGCGCUGUACAAAUAUGUGGUACCAAAGCCAAGGAGUGAUUGUUCAAAGGGAGAGCAGUUAGUUGUCACAUUUGCAGCCGGUUACAUUGCUGGUGUAUUUUGUGCCAUUGUCUCGCAUCCUGCUGACACAAUCGUAUCAAAAUUGAACCAGGCAAAAGGAAGCAACUUCAUGGAAGUCGCCAAGAAAUUAGGUUUCAUGGGUAUGUGGAAGGGUCUCGUUCCACGUAUCAUCAUGAUUGGUACACUGACAGCCCUACAGUGGUUCAUCUAUGACUCGGUCAAGGUCGUGUUCAGACUUCCACGCCCACCACCACCAGAGAUGCCAGAGAGCCUGAAGAAAAAGCUGGCUGCUCAGCAAUAACUAUGACAGAACUUAGGAGAUUUCUAUUUGACUAACCAAUUGUUGUUCUGGCAAGGACUAAUGCUAUCAUCGUUUUGGCGAGGACUAGUGCUAUCAUAGUUCACGUAAGGACUAGUGCUUGGUAUUCAAAAGAGAAGGAUGUAAUUUUCCACUUGUGACAUGUGAUAAUUCUGUUUGGAACAUUUUCAUUUGGCUUAUUCUCGAACAUUAUUCAUUUCCUCAUUUAUGAAUACAACAGAAAUGGACUUUGCUCUUUGAAAGUAACACGCUCAGAUCCCUCCGACAUCUAAAACAUUUCUGUAAUAACUUUUGUUUGCAGUGCACUUUGAUGCUUUGAUAGUUGCCUUGUUAAUAACAAUAUUAAAAUCGGGCAAAUAUUCUGUAACUUGCUUCCUUGCGCACUGUAUUUAGGCUAUUUAUUAUUGAAAUCAUUUCAUAAUGAGAACAAUGCAGAUGGUUUUCUAGGUUUUGAUUGUACAUGAAUGAAACCGAUAAAAUGAAGAACAUGGUUAACAUAUUUUCCUGUAACAUAGUGAGUGAUCAAACUUGAAAAAUGAAUAAAUCAGAAUUGUACAGUGA